AUGACUGGCCGUCUUGGAUAUGAGGGGCGCCCGGAGCGUCAAAACGAAUACUUCAUUCCUGGCGAUGGUAUCAGCCGGGAAGUCAUCCAAGCAGACAUUUGCCGUUACCUUGGAAAUGAUGCGCUCGUAAGACCCGGAAACCACAAUGGUCGUCAGGGUUAUUUCAUUCGCGCCUACCGGAAUCUCACCUCUGAAAUGAUUGCUGACCUCAAAAAAGACUCGGCUCGGUGGGAGGCCGAUGUUCUACGUCGGGCUGACCAGGGCUAUCCCAGAGGUAGCUACCAACAAGAAUUAAGCUAUUCCCAGGCACCCAGCAUGCCCGCGGCGUCCUACCCGGUAUCUGCCAUUCAUGAAGGACGUCAGCAGGGAGGGCCAUCCCCUCCGCCUGCCUACUCAGCUCCUCCCCCUACUCAGCCAUUCCCGGUGGAUCCAUAUGCACAAUCGUACCAGGCGACUCAAAGUCCCCCGUACCCACCUGCAUCAACUUACACCGGCCCCAACCAUUCACCCUAUGGAUCUGCCCCGAACCCCUACCCUAGUGGUCAGAUCCCUUACACUACUUCCAGCCAACCUCCGGUGACUGCUGAAAUGCACCCGUCGUCAUACACGUAUGGCCCUGGCUAUGUUUAUGAGAAUGGAAGGAGCAAUGCCCCCAGGUAUCCCGGGCCUGGCUAUGAAACCGAACAGGACUAUUCUCCAGUUACCACCGGGAUCCCUUACCCUACUACCACAGCCCCGGACCCUCGGAUAGGAAUGGAUCCCAGAUACACUCCUGAGGCAUUAUACCCUCCGGCAGACCGCAAUAGGCCACAACCAGCCAGAGGCGGGGAAGCCCCUCGCCGGACUAGGUAA